AUGGGAUUUAAUUCUAAGGAAUCUGAUCAUUCUAUUAAUACAAGUAUUGAAGAAAUCAGAACACAUCUUGAUAAAAUUGUGAAAAAUGAUAACUUGCAUACACUUACACCAAGGAAAGUUAGAGAAGAGCUAGAAAAAGCUCUUGGGCUUCCUUCAGAUAGCUUAAAAUCUAGGAAGAGUGAAAUAAAUGAUUUAAUUGACACAAUCAUUUUGGAAAUCAAAGAAAAAAAUUCGACUUAUUUCUCAAUGGAACCUCAAGAAAACGAUACGUCAAUUAUUCAUAAGAAAAGUACUGAAAAAACACACACCAAUAAUGAAGAACAAUACAAUAACAUAGAUGUUGAUAGCUCAAAGACAACUAAGCAAAGUGAGAAAACGACAAAAAGAAAACAAGCUUCAAUGUCGGUUGAGGAAUUUCUAGAAAAAUCUCAAGUGCUAAGUUUAACUAUCAAUGGUUCAAACGAGAAACUUGCUAUUUCACCAAGACAAUUUAGUACAGGAAGCGUUGGAUGGUAUUAUGGAGGUAAAGUCCCACUCCCAGUAGGGAACGAUUUGGAAGUUGUGUGUCAAGUUUCAAUAAAUUGUACAGUUGUUGGCAGCAAAUCGUGGUCUCAAAACACAUCUAAAAAGCCAAGAAGUAAUUAA